AAGGACGAAGUGCUAGCUCGAGCUCGGCGGUCGGCAGGGGCCGCGAUGGAACUCGACGAAGAACCCGCCCAGGACGUGCCCAUGACCGAGGCGGCCCUGGAGCCCCCGACGCUACCUUCGCCCAGGAAGGGGUCGGACCUGCAGGCUCGGCACGCGGGCCCGCUGCUGUGGCUGAUGCUGUUCGUGAUGUGCGUGAUGUCGCGCACCUUCAGCCGGCUCAUGCUGCUGGCGGUGGGCGCCCUGCACCCGGCCUACCUGUCGUGCAAGGCGGUGCGCGCACGCAGCCCGCGCGACUACGUGCGCUGGAUGAUGUACUGGGUGGUGUUCGCCGUCUUCCUGUGCGUCGAGCCCCUGGCCGACCUGGUGUUCGGCUGCUGCCUGCCGCUCUACGCGGAGCUCAAGAUCGCGUUCGUCUUCUGGCUCCAGUCGGGCACCACGCGCGGCGCCAGCCUCGUGUUCCGCAAGCUGGUGCUGCCCGAGUUCACCCGGCGCGAGGACAACAUCGACUCCCACCUCGGACAGCUACACACCAAGGCCUCGCAGGUGGGCGCGACGACCGUCCGCUACGUGACCCAGGCGGUGAUGCAGACGUUGUUCAGCCACAUCCGCGACAACUACAGCGCGGCCGACCUCCUGUCGUCCGACCUGAAGCUGAACCUGUUCGACCCAAUCGAGGGUUCUUCGUCCCUCGAGGACCCCUCGGAGAUGGCGCUCGGGGACCAGGGUGGACGCCGCAAGGCUCACCGUCGUGCCGAGGACGACGUCAAGAAGCGCAAGCUCAACGCCGCCUAGUGGCCGUUCUGGGGACGAGCGGACGGGGCCCCGUGGUUUGCGGCACCCUCCCUCGGUCUCGGUCAGCAAAAUUAAAGUGACAAAUGUGCCAGAAGAGCUGGCCGGAAGCGGUCCUCUAGAACUGGUUGUC